GACUACAAAACCGCAUCGAAGAAAGGGGAGCCGAAGUCGAUCGGGUCACCAAACCCUAGACUCUCUUUCUUGGCCUUCGAUUUCUCGCGCGGUCAUCUUGAUUUCGACGCCUUCUCCUUCGAAUCCGUUGUGCUCCGCCUCUCGGCCGCGCCUCCGGCUCUAAUUCGAUAUCCUCGUCGCCGUUCCUCGCCGGCGUCUCGGCUCUGAUCGCCGGAUAUGUCGUCGCUGAGUCGGGAGCUGGUGUUCCUGAUACUCCAGUUCCUGGAUGAGGAGAAGUUCAAGGAAUCCGUGCACAAGCUUGAGCAGGAAGCGGGGUUUUUCUUUAAUAUGAAAUACUUCGAGGAGAAGGUGCAGGCGGGAGAGUGGGAGGAAGCGGAGAAGUACCUCUCGGGAUACACCAAGGUUGAUGAUAACAGGUAUUCGAUGAAGAUUUUCUUCGAGAUUAGGAAGCAGAAGUAUCUAGAGGCGCUUGACAGGCAUGACAGGGCAAAGGCAGUUGAAACACUCAUAAAGGAUCUCAAGGUUUUCUCAACGUUUAAUGAGGAUUUGUAUAAAGAAAUUACUCAGCUUCUCACCCUUGAAAACUUUAGGGAAAACGAGCAGUUGUCUAAAUAUGGUGAUACUAAGUCUGCUAGAAGUACCAUGCUGGUAGAGCUCAAGAAGUUAAUUGAAGCAAAUCCUCUCUUUCGAGAAAAACUUGUCUUUCCUACACUUAAAGCUUCACGCCUGCGAACUCUGAUUAAUCAAAGCUUGAACUGGCAGCAUCAACUCUGUAAGACUCCAAGGUCAAAUCCUGACAUCAAGACAUUGUUCAUGGACCAUGCUUGCACCCCUCCAAAUGGAGCUCGUGCUUCACCAGUCUCUUUUCCUGUUGCAGCUGUUCCAAAGGCUGUUGGUACAUAUACACCACUUGGUGCUCAUGGGCCAUUUCCACCCCAGGCUACUGCAAAUGCUAGUGCUUUAGCUGGUUGGAUGGCUAACGCUGCUGCUUCAUCCUCUGUCCAGUCUGCUGUUGUUGCACCAUCAUCAAUACCUCUUCCACCAAAUCAAGCAGUCCCCAUCUUGAAACGCCCAAGAACUCCUCCGAAUGCUAUUGGCAUGUCAAACUAUCAAAAUGCUGAAUCUGAGCAGAUGAUGAAACGUCUACGGUCUGGUGCACAUCCAGUUGACGAGCAGGUUAGCUAUCCUGCACCUCACCCACAAGUUACAUGGUCGCUGGAUGACCUGCCAAGAGUUGUAGCCUGCUCCUUGACAGAGGGAUCCAAUGUGACUAGCAUGGACUUUCAUCCUUUUCAUCAUACAUCACUUCUUGUGGGCUCCAACACUGGUGAAAUCACACUUUGGGAGAUUGGUAUCCAGCAGAAGUUGGUGUCCAAGCCAUUUAGAGUAUGGGAUACGGCUGCUUGUUCACCACAAUUCCAGAGUGCCAUUGUCAAAGACUCUUCUAUAUCUGUCACUCGAGUUAUUUGGAGUCCAGAUGGAAGUUUAAUAGGGGUUGCAUUCUCGAAGCACUUGAUUCAUAUACAUGAAUAUCAAGCACCAAAUGAUCUCCGUCUAUUUGAACUCCGCCAAUUUGAUCUCCGCCAACUUUUAGAGAUUGAUGCUCAUGUUGGUGGAGUCAAUGAUAUUGCAUUCUCUCAACGAGAUGAACGACUGUGUGUGGUCACUUGUGGAGAUGAUAAGCUAAUAAAGGUAUGGGAUCUAAGUGGUCAAAGGCUUUAUGUCUUUGAAGGACAUGAAGCACCUGUCUAUUCUAUAUGCCCCCACCGCAAGGAGAAUAUUCAGUUUAUCUUCUCAACUUCCGUUGAUGGAAAAAUAAAGGCUUGGCUGUAUGACAACGUGGGAUCUAUGGUUGACUUUAAUACCCCUGGGCACUUGUUUACCACAAUGGUUUACAGUGCCGAUGGAAGUCGACUCUUCUCAUGUGGGACUAGCAAAGAUGGGGACUGUAUUCUUGUUGAGUGGAAUGAAAGUGAGGGAUCCAUAAAGAGGCAAUAUUCUGGGUUCCGGAAGAAGUCCACGGUUGUUGUUCAGUUUGACACUUCCCAGAAUCAUUUUUUGGCUGCUGGUGAAGAUAACCAAAUAAAAUUUUGGAGUGUUGACAGCAUUAACAUGCUGGCAAGUACUGACGCUGAUGGUGGACUUCCUAGUCGUCCACAUUUGAGAUUCAACAAGAAAGGAAAUCUUCUUGCUGUUGCAACAGUAGAUAAUGGCUUUAAAAUAUUAGCUAAUGCAGAUGGCCUUGCGGCACUACGAGCCUUUGGAAAUCGCUCUUUUGAACCAUUUAGAGCUCAACAUGAAGCUACUCCUAUCAGGGUCUCAAAUUCUCCUGUGGUGGCAAGCAUCUCACCAAACAUCAGUAAUGUUGAAUCAUUGGACAGAAAUUCUCCUGCGAAACCAUCUACUGUUCUUAAUGGAGGUGAUAUAACUCCUAGAAAUGUAGAUAAGCCAAGAAUAUCAGAAGAAUUGCCAGAUAAGAUGAAGUCAUGGGAGUUGGCUGAAGUUUUUAAUCCACAACAGUGCCGAGUUGCUACCAUGCCAGAGACUGAUUCUGCCAGCAAGGUCACAAGGCUUCUUUAUACAAAUUCUGGUGUUGGCUUAUUAGCUCUGGGGUCCAAUGCUAUUCAGAGGGUGUGGAAAUGGAGUCGCAAUGAGCAGAAUCCAAGUGGCAAGGCCACGGCCAGUGUUGUGCCGCAGCAUUGGCAACCAAACAGUGGUCUUCUUAUGACCAAUGAUGUAUCGGAUACAAGUCCAGAAGAGGCAGUUCCUUGUAUUGCGCUCUCAAAGAAUGACUCGUAUGUAAUGUCUGCAUGUGGUGGGAAGGUUUCCUUAUUUAACAUGAUGACAUUCAGGGUAAUGACAACUUUCAUGUCACCCCCACCUGCUUCGACAUUCUUAGCAUUCCACCCACAGGACAACAACAUUAUAGCAAUUGGAAUGGAAGAUUCAACCAUCCACAUAUACAAUGUUAAGGUGGAUGAGGUCCAAACAAAAUUGAAAGGUCACCAGAAGCGCAUAAGUGGGCUGGCAUUUUCCAACAAUCUUAAUAUACUUGUAUCUUCUGGUGCUGAUGCACAGCUCUGCAUAUGGAGUACUGAGACUUGGGAGAAGAAGAAAUCUGUAGCUAUUCAACUGCCUGAAGGGACGAAGUCAGUUGGUGACACCCGAGUCCAGUUUAAUUCUGAUCAAAGCCGCUUGUUAGUUGUCCACGAAACACAGCUAGCUAUAUAUGACACCUUGAAAAUUGAGCGUAUCCAUCAGUGGGUUCCUCAAGAUGCCUUAUCUGCUCCUAUAUCGUAUGCUUCAUAUUCGUGUUUCAGCGAACUUGUUUAUGCUUCCUUUUGUGAUGGUAAUAUUGGUGUCUUCGAUGCUGACAACUUGAGAUUAAGAUGCCGAAUUGCCCCGUCCGCAUACACGUCACCUGCUGCUGCAAGCAGUUUUAGUCGGAGCAUCGUUAGAAUUGUGGAUUCACCUGCUGAUCAACAUUCAUUUUCAUUUUUCAGCAACCCAACAUAUCCUCUUGUGAUUGCGGCCCACCCGCAAGAGCCAAAUCAAUUUGCAGUUGGUUUGACAGACGGAGCAGUAAAAGUAAUAGAGCCAUCAAAGUCGGAAGGAAGGUGGGGGGCUCCCACACCUGUUGAUAAUGGGGUACAUGUUCGCAGGAUGCAGACAUUAUCAACUACAAGCAAUCCUGCUGCGGACCAGCCCCAAAGAUGAUUGCUUCUAUUAUUGGACAAAGAACCCAUACUUGUGUAGCAUCGAUUUUUAGGUUUCAUUUCACUUGUUUCAGUUUUUCUUCUAUAACUAUCAUGUGGUUCCAGAAACGUAACUAUGAAAAGGAAACAAUAAGAAGAAUGUGUUAGUGUAUGAUACUAGUGGAUACUAAUUGGAUGAUUAAGUUCUCAUAAUUAGUAAAAUUCUUACUUGACAUUCUCGUCA